AUGUCAGCUCUCCGCGUCACCCGGGCUGCCAAUUCGGCCCCGAAUCCCCCCCAUUACCUCGACAUUCCUCGCAUUAUCCAACCGACCAAUCCCGCCAAACCCAAGGUCAAGGGUACUCUCCCCGUUCCUCGCGAGAUCUUUCCUGUCCGCCGUGCCGACAAGCCGUCACAGCAAUAUGUUGACGCCGUGUCGCCCGCUCGAACAAAGAAACCGAGUCGCGCAUCGGACGAGCUGGAACGUGAACAGCAACUUUUUAAAUUGAAGAUGGCCGACCGACGACGAAGCCAUCUCCGUGAGAGUCUGAGCGUCCUUCACGAUCGCAAGGUCGCAGCGGAGAAAACAGUGGUCACCCGCAGCCGCAUGACCCAGGAACGCCGUCAACGCAUUUUCAACCAGCCAGAACCCGAAGACGAGCGUCUGACACGGCCAUCCGUUGUUGCGGCCAUGCUUGCCCCCAACGACACUUUCCUGCGCGACGCCGGCCGCGAAAAACGAUUGGCCUUUUCCAAGGCCCGACUUGAGGCGAAGCAGGCUCAGAAGAAGGCUCAGCACGAGGAGGAUCUUCACUCGCUCUACAUGCAUGCGCGCACUUUCAUCACAUCGGAGGAACAGCUGUCUGCGGAGAUCGACCGCGCUUUCCCUGAUGGCGAAAACGUGGAAUGGCGCAAUGACCACCAGCCUGGUGAGAAUGUGUGGAACCUGGGUACACCCCCAACUAUUCAGUCUACUGUUAAUGAGACACGGAAGAGUGAAACUGCUCGCUGGGAUGUCACCCAGGACCGAGUCAAGAAGCUCGGUGAGCAGAUCACUGGUGGUAAGAUCUAG